GAGAGUGAGAGUGAGAGGAUGAAGGGGAGAGGACAGAUUUGAGAGACAGGAAUCUUGUAUCGUGUGCAUCGAGGAGGAAGGAAGUAGAGGAAGCGAGCGAUUGAGGGUCGGUGAGUGGUCCUCCACAAAAGUGAGCAAUCUCGAGCCCGGGCCCCAGCUCGCUGGUUAUCAUGCUGGUCGAACCUUUGCACCUCAAUCUCGAUCUAGUUGAUCCAUCUGUAUCGAAACAAUCGGUUAUCAAGAUCAUCACCCUCGUGAAUUCCGGAACUGCGAAUGCGGCAUUCAAGAUUCGGACCACGGCCCGUGAGAGGUACUCCACAACCCCCAACAGCGGACUGUUGGGGCCUGGUCAAGAAUGCGAUAUCAUUGUCACGAUGCUCCCCCUCUCGCAGGAGCAGUACAUUGAUUUCUCUUCCACAAUGUCGUGCACGGACAAGUUCUUGGUCAGAAGCUGCUUCACCGAUGAGUCAGUCACGGAGGACAACGUACGAGGGGAGACGGCGGCGUCAUGGUGGAACUCUCGCCCCAAGUCAGAGCUCACAGAUCAAGUCAUCACAUGCAGUUACAUCAGACAAGCCACUCGGGUGGAAGUUGGGCAAUCCAAGUUGAGGUUCCAGAAGGAACGAUCCCCACACAAGAUGGUGGGGACGUCGCGAGUUCUUGCCGAGGAGAUACUGGUGCUGCUCAACAACACAAGGCAAAGACAGGCUUUCAAGAUCCGCACAACGGCACGUGACCGAUAUCGCGUCGAGCCCUCAUGCGGAAUCGUUGAGAGCGGGCAAAAGUAUUCAGUUCGCAUCUCGAUGGUUCAGCCACGUGGGGUCACCAGUGACAAGUUCCAGGUCCGAUGUGUAGUAGCAGACGCAGACACAGAUGAAACUCAGAUCAAGAGGAACGAAUGGUGGGCGGAGCCGACUAUCAAGUCUAAGCUUUAUGAUACGACACUAGACAGCAUUUACAUCUCCGAUGCCGACGAAGAGAAUAUAUCAGACAAGAACCGAGGAAAUGGCUAUCUGGACUUGAAGAAGACUGAACCUGCUACGACUCUGGCCGUCUUGCCAACGGAUUCGAGCAUCAACGCUGACGAGGGUUCAUACGAUGCCCUUCUGAAGAUUGUGCUUGUGGGCGACUCGGAUGUGGGAAAGACAAGCUUGUUGACUCGAUUCUCCGAUGAUAACUUUUCCAACUCCUUUAUCUCGACCAUCGGUGUGGACUUUCGUUGGAGGACUAUGUCAAUAAAGGACAAGAACAUCAAGUUGCAGAUUUGGGAUACAGCUGGCCAAGAGAGAUUCAGAACGAUCACAAGUGCAUACUACCGCGGGGCUGACGGGAUUGUUGUCGUCUACGACAUCACCAACAAGGAAUCUUUCGAUCACGUGGACAUGUGGAUGAAGGAGAUCCACAAGUUCACAGACGAUAACCACGUCCGGGUGCUCGUGGUUGGCAACAAGUGCGACAUGGAAGAGAAGAGAGAAAUCCCAACGUCUCUUGCUCGGGAAUAUUGUAACCAACGAGGUAUGAAGGUGGUCGAGACUUCUGCCAAGACUGCGACCCGAGUGAACACUGCUUUCAUCGACAUGGCGGAGGAAAUUCUGGAAAAUCGACAGAAAUUUGCCGAGAACAAGCCCAAGGAGCUGGACUACAGUGGGGAAACAAGCUUGAAUCAAGCGUCGCAGAGCUGUGAAGGAAUCAUGCAAAGUUGCUUUGCCUUCAUCAAGGGAAAGGCAGGUUUCGGUCACACAAGCUACGGCAAACAGAUUUGAAAGAAAGAGGAGGGAGGACUGAAGAGGAACUUGAAAUUUUCUGAGCUAGAAAGAGAAGAUCUUGCUUGUUAUCUUUUCUUUCUCUCCAUCAUCCUCUUCACUUGCCAGUACACAACGAAGACUAUC